AUGACACAAGAGAAGCAAGAAAAUUUAGCAAUAAGAACUAUUAGAUGAUUAGAUAAAUACUUCUGAAAAUUAAGAAGAAGAAGAAGAAAUGAACCAAGACCAAAACUCCGGUUACGUAGAGAUUCCGAAGGUAAUCUCCUAUCCAACAUUCUCCCAAAACUUGCAGCUUACCCCAAACUCCACCCCAUAAACCCUCCCACAAAACCCAUAAACCCUCCCCAAAACCCCAAAAAACGACUCCAAAAAGCCUUCAGCAAGACCCAAAACCCCUUCCUACCCCAAUCCCUUCCCUCCCCCACUCCAGACCCUCUCUCCACUAAAUCCACCAAAUCCUCAAAAUCCCGUACUCCUUCCCAAAAAUCCACCCCUGACUUCCCCCACUUAAACCCUUUCCACCCUCUCGCCCCUGCAGACUCGCCCACCUUCCAACGCUACUCCAAAUACCCCCUCCACCCCGUUCACCCUCCCCCAGUUCCCCACCUCCGCCUAGUCCCAAUCCCCAGCACCACCAGAAUCACCCAAUCUCCCAAAUCUCUUCGUGAAUUCCCAAUUUUCCCUACUAAAAAAAUCCUAAGUGACCCAAAAUCUCUUCUAUCCAAGCACAAAAUCUCCCGUACGGAAGAAGACGACAAUGACUCUGACUCUGACCUGGUCAGAGACACGGUCAAGGGAGCGAACCAGGAUGUAGAGGAUUUGGUGAAAUCGCUUAGGUGGGCGAAGGGGCUUGAGAAGGUGUAUCCUGAAGGGAAGAUACAGGAGGAGCUGGGGGGAAAGUACUGGGAUAUGGGGUGGAGAGAUAGGUAUGUGAAGGAGAAGGCCAAGGAGUAUGGGAGGAGGAGAGGGGAAAGGAGGGUUUAG